CUGACGUCGUUGCCAUGGCAACCGAGGAGCCCGCUUUCCCUGGCCCAACCUGGAGCUUGCGGCCUGACUGGGUCAGUGCUGGUCCUCUCGCAGAGCCCAGGACAUCUGGGGCGGCGUAGCCACCAUGCCCAGUGAAACUCUCUGGGAAAUUGCAAAAGCUGAAGUGGAAAAAAGGAGAAGUCAUGGAAGUGAAGGGGAUGCAGCUGAAGUUGGAGAAAAAUCUGUUUUUUUCAUUGGCAGUAAAAAUGGGGGAAAGACUACUAUUAUUCUAAGGUGUCUUGACAGGGAUGAGCCAGCAAAGCCCACUUUAGCUUUGGAGUAUACGUACGGAAGAAGAACAAAGGGACACAACACACCAAAGGACAUUGCUCACUUUUGGGAACUGGGCGGAGGAACCUCUCUAUUGGACUUAAUCAGCAUACCCAUCACCAGUGAUACCUUAAGGACAUUUUCUAUUGUUCUCGUUUUGGAUCUUUCCAAACCUAAUGACCUUUGGCCCACCAUGGAAAAUCUGCUGCAAGCCACAAAAAGCCACGUAGACAAAGUGAUAAUGAAGCUGGGGAAGAUGAACUCCAAAGCCGCCUCCGAGAUGAGGCAGAGGAUGUGGAGCGCUAUGCAAAAGGACCAUCCGGAUCGUGAAUUAAUUGACCCAUUUCCGAUACCUCUGGUCAUAAUUGGAAGUAAAUAUGAUAUUUUUCAGGAUUUUGAUCCUGAGAAGAGAAAGGUGAUAUGCAAGACGCUUCGGUUUGUUGCGCAUUAUUAUGGCGCCUCCCUGAUGUUUACAAGCAAAUCAGAAGCUCUGUUACUAAAAAUCCGUGGUGUUAUCAACCAACUGGCAUUUGGUAUUGAUAAGAGCAAAUCGAUGUGUGUGGAUCAGAAUAAACCACUGUUUAUCACAGCAGGAUUGGAUUCUUUAUGUCAAAUAGGGUCCCCUCCUGUUCCUGAUAGUGACAUUGGAAAGCUUCAGGCCCACUCGCCAAUGGAGCUGUGGAAAAAGGUGUAUGAGAAGCUCUUCCCGCCAAAGAAUACCAGCACACUGAAGGCGAUCCAGGACCCUGCCCGAGAUCCACAGUAUGCGGAAAGUGAAGUUGAUGAGAUGAGAAUUCAGAAGGAUCAGGAACUAGAGCAGUACAAGAGAAGUUCUUCCAAGACUUGGAAACAAAUUGAGCUGGACUCUUGACCCUGAUUCACUAUUGUGGAUUUACGUCUUCCUUACCAAGUUCAAGUCAGUCACAAUUUCCAAGGACCACAUCUCCCCACAAGCUGGACUAGCAAAGGACUGCGAACAGCUGUCAUUGCACUUGGAGCCUGGGGAGAGGCGAGGGCCUCAGAUGGAAUGGUGUUCGAAGACAGCACUUCUCAAUUGUCCAUGGCGGGCAGGCCUGCCCUUCAACCCUUUCCCCACUGACAUCUGACUAUCUGCUAAUAAAGUAGUCCCGGACCUUAAAGACCACUAUUCCUAGGAUGACAAGAAAUGGGAUGAAUGCAUAUAAGAUCAGAAAGUUUGCUGUGAAUCUGGAUGUGGCACCUGGGCAGGUUUUCUCGAUGAACUGGAUUCCUUGGGUGAUGGUACACAUUGGGUUAAUUACCACAGAGGAAUUAGAGCCACCUGCCAAAGAAAAGAUUGACAGUGUCAGCUCUGAUGAACUUGGGUUAUUUCCUCACAAAUAUUUCUCUGAAGUUCAGAAAGUGUUCAGCACUCUAAGUAGCCUUCCUCAUGAAAGACACACAAUGUUUUAGAGGAUCCAGAAUUAACCGUAAAAUGAAGCAAGAGUCAGUCUGGGAGAUCCUGGCUUGAUUUGAAGAUGGAAAAAGUAUUUACUUAUGUCUUGAGACUAGAUCCAUUACCCUAUUUCUGAUCUUCAACUGCCAUCAUAUAUCCUAAAAUUACUGAUGUUGCCAUCUGAACAUACUUAACCACUGAACUCUCCAGUGGCCACAGGCACCUGUUGUUCCCACUGCCCCGUCAUGGCACUGGAAGUUGACCUUUGUCAUAAAAAAUGGGUUUUCUCAACUGUAUUCUGUACACAUUUGGGGGAACAAGAGGCCACAUUAGCUUGCUUUGGUGUGUUCGGUAGAUAGGAACUGGGCCUAUCUAGAAUACGCUGGCCAUUGCAUAGACCUGCCACUUUCUAAGAAUAUCACAGUGCCCUUAAGCUGUUGACCACAGGACACUUACUUGACCACUGAACAUUUUCCUUUGAAAAUCAGAGAUAAUGGGCUGGGGCUGGAGAGAUGGCUCAGAGUAAGAGCACUUCUACUUGUGGAGGACAUGGGUUUGGUCCCAGGACCCACUUGCUGCUUAUAGCUGUUUUUAACUCCAUUUCUAUGGGAUCUGACAUGUCUUCUGGCCUCCACCAGCAACUGGGUUUCACACAGCAUGCAUGCAUACGUACACGUAAGCAAAACACUCACAAAAUAAAUAAAUCUUUCAAUUUUG